AAUCAGCAUAAAAACAUUAUCAAAUAUUUUUAUUUUUUAUGUUUUCAAAACAUUCUGUAUCAUUUCAAAAUUGAAAUAUAUUAAAACCUUUGUCUCAAACAGCAACGAAACAUAUUACACAGUUAAAUCAUUUCAAAAAAAUGGACUCUAUCAAUUCAAUUAAGUCAGCUCAAUUAAAUGGAUCUGCUAAUCAAUAUGAGAUACCAGCAACUAUGCGAAAGGAUGGAAGUUGGAGAAAAGCUCGAAGAGUUAAACCUGGUUUCGUGCCUCAAGAGGAAGUUCCACUUUACACUCCGAAAGGUAAGAGAGUAGCACAGACAUCACAAUAUCCACCUGGAUGGCACCCAACAGUAGCAACAACUUCCGCCAAGACUAAACCUGAGAAGCCUAAACAAAUAACCAUUGAAAAGCCCAAGGAGAAACCUGCAGAAAUAAAGGAUAAAAAGAAUGUACCGGAAAAAAUUGAUGUUAAAGAUGUUACUGAAAAGAUUCAAUCCAUCAGUUUAUCCUCUGAAGCUUUAAACGAUCCAACGAUUGAAAUAUCAAAAAAACUUAAACGAUUGAGAAGGCGACUUCGUGAAUCCGAUGCAUUAAAUGACAAGAUUGUGUCAGGUGAGAUUACAAGUCCCGAAAAAGAUCAGCUAGAAAAAAUCGCACGAAGAAAAGAGUUUGAGAAAGAGAUUGAGCAAUUAGAAGAAGAGAGACUUAAGCUGAGACAACUCAAACCUAUGAAAAAUACUUAAGAAUAAGUGUUCGCUCAAAACAAAUUAUUGAAACCAAUAAACUAUUUUGACCGAACUAUCCUCUGAAUUAUCUUAAGAUUCUGAUGAAAAUAUUUCAAUGAUUAUAAAUGAAAUAAGAAAAAGCGGAUAUGUUAAAUAUCAAAAAGAUAAAAUCUGAAAAUAUCUGAG